GCUUACGUCUUACAUCGACAACCAUAUAUAUCCACUCCCACUACCUUCUUGUCGUCUGCUCUCGACAAGUGGUUUACACAGCUUUCAACCUCCUCACAACAAACACAAUAAUCCCACCACAGCUCAAAUGGCUUCCCAAAUGGAGUGGUCUCACGAGUUCUGCCUCUCUUGUGACAGGCAACUAGCAGAGGGCGGAACGUACUGCUCUCAAGCCUGCCGCCUGGCUGAUCUCGAGAAGGCUGGACAGCCUACCUCUCCCACAAACCUCUCCUCUUCAGCUUCCUCUUCCACUUCUUCGGCAAACGGCUUCUACCUACCUCCUGCCGUCAACUUCUCCGCGUACAAGGCUCCCUCGACAUCAAAGGGCUUCAUCGAGCCAUCGAGUCCUCACCACCACACCUACUACUCCAACUACACCCACCAACAACCCCAAUCCCAGAGCUCUUACUUCUCUCAAGCGGCAGCUACAACCUCAGGCCACCAGCACCAGCGAAGUCUCUCCCCCUCUUCGUCUCGAUCUUCUCUGUCCUCGGCAGCCUCGCAAAACCCGUCCGGUCUCUCGAUGCAGGCGGCUCAACAACUCAACAGCUACGUGCGGUCAUUCGACCAGGUGCGGGACAUGAAGAGGCGGAUGAACUACUAGGCCAAUCCGCCCACAUCUUCCUUCUUCUCGAUUCACUUCAUCGCACAUCAUGACACGGAGUUCGCAUCAUCAUAACCAUCUCAUAUAACGACGAUCACGGAGUAUCAAUGCACUAGCAAAGAGGAGUUUUCUGGAGCCUUUCGUCACCUUCAUCGUCAUACAACUACUACUGCUACUACCACAUUACCGG